UCUUUAACUGUUAUAACACCCUCUUAAAACCCUAAGUGAUUCUCCGUCUCCGUCUUCUUCUUCAUCUUCCUCUCUCUCACGCAGCUGCUUUGAUUAACUCAUCAGGUCCAGCUUAAGAGUUUUGUGAAGAUGGUCUUAGUGCUAUACGAGACAGCGGCGGGUUUUGCCCUCUUUAAAGUGAAAGAUGAAGGAAAGAUGGCUAACGUUGAGGAUUUGUGUAAAGAGUUCGACACUCCAGACUCAGCACGAAAGAUGGUUAAGCUAAAAGCUUUUGAGAAGUUUGACAACACAUCUGAAGCUCUCGAAGCUGUGGCUAAAUUGCUUGAGGGAGCCCCAAGCAAAGGUCUGCGCAAGUUUUUGAAAGCUAAUUGUCAAGGUGAAACCUUAGCUGUGGCAGAUUCAAAGCUUGGGAAUGUGAUCAAGGAGAAACUGAAAAUUGAUUGCAUUCACAACAAUGCUGUUAUGGAGCUUCUACGAGGUGUUAGAAGUCAGUUUACUGAACUCAUAUCUGGGUUGGGUGAUCAAGACUUGGCACCUAUGAGCUUGGGUCUGUCUCACAGUCUUGCCAGAUAUAAGCUAAAGUUUAGUUCUGACAAGGUGGAUACCAUGAUUAUCCAAGCUAUCGGUUUACUUGAUGAUCUGGACAAAGAACUGAACACAUACGCCAUGAGGGUUAGAGAAUGGUAUGGAUGGCAUUUUCCUGAGCUUGCUAAGAUCAUAUCAGACAAUAUCCUAUAUGCCAAAUCUGUUAAAUUGAUGGGAAACCGAGUUAAUGCUGCGAAGCUAGACUUCUCCGAGAUCUUAGCGGAUGAAAUUGAGGCAGAUCUCAAGGACGCAGCUGUGAUAUCCAUGGGAACAGAAGUCAGUGACCUAGACUUGUUGCACAUCCGUGAACUCUGUGACCAGGUUCUUUCUCUUUCUGAGUACAGAGCUCAGCUUUACGAUUACCUGAAAAGCAGAAUGAACACUAUUGCUCCCAAUCUGACUGCCCUUGUUGGAGAGCUAGUUGGUGCCCGUCUCAUUUCUCAUGGAGGUAGUCUACUGAACCUCUCCAAGCAACCUGGGAGCACGAUUCAGAUACUCGGAGCUGAAAAGGCUCUCUUUAGAGCUCUUAAGACAAAACACGCCACACCCAAGUACGGUUUGAUUUACCACGCAUCUGUGGUUGGUCAAGCAGCACCAAAGCACAAGGGAAAGAUCUCGCGGUCAUUAGCUGCUAAAGCCAUUCUUGCUAUUAGGGUUGAUGCUCUUGGUGAUGGCCAGGAUAGCACUAUGGGACUUGAAAACCGAGCUAAGCUUGAAGCGCGGUUGAGAAAUCUUGAAGGAAAAGAUUUAGGACGUCUGUCUGGUUCAGCUAAAGGCAAACCUAAGAUUGAAGUCUAUAACAAGGAUAAAAAGAUGGGAUCUGGCGGUCUUAUCACUCCUGCUAAGACUUACAACACUGCUGCAGAUUCUCUUCUUGGGGAAACCUCGGCUAAAUCCGAGGAGCCAUCGAAGAAGAAAGAUAAGAAAAAGAAGAAGGUAGAAGAAGAGGAACCCGAAAAGGAGGAGCCAUCAAAGAAGAAGAAGAAGAAGAAAGCUGAAGCAGAAACUGAAGCCGUAGAGGUUGCUAAGGAGGAGAAGAAGAACAAGAAGAAGAGAAAGCAUGAGGAAGAAGAAACAACUGAGACACCAGCCAAGAAGAAAGAUAAGAAAGAGAAGAAAAAGAAGAGCAAGGACUGAGGGAGAGGAAAAGAUUUUGAGAAAUCUCUGAGUGUAAGAUUAGUGUUUUUGUUGCAUUGCUUUUUAUCUAGAGGAAUAGGUGUUUUGAGAUAAAACUUAAUUUUCUGA